AUGAGAUUUAUAGUGUUUGUAUGUAAUGCUGAAUCAUGGGGUAAGGUUUUGCGGUGUACUGUGUGGAAUGAUUAUGCUCUGCAGAUUAAGGACUUCAUUUCUAAAAUCCCACCUCAUGAGCAUGUGAUGGUUGUUAUACAACAUGGAAAGUGUAAGGAAUGGAAAGGUGAAUAUACUGUUCAAAGUGAUAAGUUUACAACACGAAUUUUUCUGAAUGAAGAAAUUGAUAGAGUUGAUGAGCUAAGGAGGAGGCAUAUACUGAAGUUUGGUCAAGGGAGUGGUUCUACUUCUCAAACGAUACUAUCGUCUCAGAGUGUUUUUCCAUUACAUAAAGAAUUUGUAACUGAAGGUGUGAAGAAACAUGUUGAUGAGAUUAGCGAGAUAGAAAAGGAAAUGUCUUGUGUUGUGGUUGCGACAAUUAAGAUUGUGCAAGAAGAGUAUGGUUGGUUUUAUGCUGCCUGUCGUAAAUGUUUCAAGAAGGUGAUGAGUAAAAGUGAAUACUUGCAGAAUGUUGAAAAUGUUUCAGAUGAUAUUCUUCGAUUGUCUGCGACUUCUUUGGUUUGUAUCAGAUGUCACACUGAAUGUACAUCGAUCACCACAAAGUUCAAGGUGCAAGUGCGGGUGCGGGUGCAGGAUGAGAGUGGUAGUGUUUCUUUUGUUAUGUUUGAUAGAGAUGUUCAGAAGCUUCUUGGAUUAGCGGCGAGUGACAUAAAAGAGAGGCAGGUUAAGGCCAAUGAUAUUGGAUUCCCUCAUGAGAUAUUUCGAUUGGUUGAUAAGAAGGCUGCUUUUAAGAUUGAUGUUUCAGAGUUCAAUCUUAAAAAUGACCAUCGUGUUUAUACUGUGCAAAAAACAUGUGAUGAUCCAGUAAUAAUUGUUGAGUUGGUAGGUGGAGAUGGUAAUGGUGAUGAAAAUACUGAUGAGGUUACUCAAGAGGUAGCUGACGUUAAAGACGUUAACCUUUCAGACUCUUCCCAGGUGUCUGCUGAACAAACUUCAAGGGAUGUUGUCUCUGGUACGGCCGACUCUUCAGUCGUUGAAGUUGAAAAGGAUUCUGGAUCAAGUCCCAAUGGAAAACGGAUGGCUCGAGAUGUUGAUGUUGUCAACGUUGGCGAGCUAUCCACUAAUGUGAGAAGAACCCGGAAGAAGCUGACCAAGGUUAACAACUAG